CUCCUUUAUACCAUAACCCUUUCAUUCUUACUAUAUCCUACAUUCACUCGCAUUCGCGCAUCUUAACUCACCACCUGAUAACUCUAACCAGAACGUGCGAAAUGGACAACGUUCAAUCCUCGCCAUGGACCAGACCAGCUCCCACGGAGUCGGAGUCGGAGCUGCAUCACCCGCUGCCGGAUGAGAAAGAGGACGGUUUGGCUGGCGCUGGUGACAGUCAGAGGGCGCUGGGGAGCGCAACGACGGCCGAUGAAAGCCACGAGUACAUCACGGGCCUCAGACUCUUCGCUGUCCUGGCCAGUGUCACUCUCGCGGCGUUUCUGAUGCUGCUUGAUGGGUCGAUUAUCGGGGUGGCCAUUCCCAACAUCACGAGUCAGUUUCAUUCGCUGGACGAUGUGGGCUGGUACACGGCGGCCUACCAGUUGGCGAGUGCCGCGUUGCAGCCGCUGUCGGGCAAGGUGUACACCUUCUACAAUACUAAGUGGUCGUAUUUGUUCUUCUUCGGGGUUUUCGAGCUGGGCUCCCUCAUCUGCGGACUGGCCAACUCCUCGUCCAUGCUGAUCGGAGGGCGAGCGAUCGCUGGAAUGGGGAGUUCGGGGCUGUUGAACGGGGGAAUGACCAUCAUUGCUGGCUCGGUGCCGCUGGAGAAACGGCCAAUCUACACCGGAAUCUACCUUGGCAUCUCGCAGGUCGGCAUCAUCUGCGGCCCCUUGAUCGGCGGAGCGCUCACCCAGUACACAACCUGGCGAUGGUGCUUCUACAUCAACCUCCCCGUCGGCGCCGUGACUGCCGUCCUCCUCCUCUUCAUGCACGUCCCCGAACUCACCACCAAAGCCCCCUUCUCGCUGGCUCUGGUCCGCCGCACCCUCCCAGAUCUCGACCUCCUCGGGUUCGCCCUCUUCGCCCCGGCCGCCAUCAUGGUGCUGCUGGCCCUCCAGUACGGCGGAAACGACUACAGCUGGGACAGCUCGGUGGUGAUCGGACUGUUCUGCGGCGCCGGGGCGACGGCCAUCGUGUUUGCGCAGUGGGAGAAGCGCAUGGGCGAGCGGGCGAUGAUCCCGACCUCCAUGGUCAGCGCGCGCAUCGUCUACUCCAGCGCGAUCAACGGCGGGAUGCUGGUGGCGUCCAUCCUGGUGGCGGCGCAGUACCUGCCCAUCUACUUCCAGGGAGUGCGUGAGUACGGGCCCGCCAUGAGCGGGGUGAACACCCUGCCGGGCAUCUUGAGUCAGUUGCUCAUGGUCAUUCUUUCAGGGGCUUUCGUGCAGAAGCUGGGGUACUACCUUCCCUUCGCUGCGGCCGGCAGCGCCAUCAGCGCCGUCGGCAACGGUCUUGUCACAAUGUUUGCCCCUUCGACCCCAACAGGCAAGUGGAUUGGGUAUCAGAUCGUGCUGGGCAGUGGGCGCGGGAUUGGGAUGCAGAUGGGCAUCAUCGCCAUCCAGAACCACCUCUCCGUCCACCUGAUCUCCAUCGGCAUCGCCUUCAUGAUCUUCUGCCAGAACUUCGCCGGCGCCGUGUUCGUCGUCGUGGCAGAGGUGAUCUUCCGGCAGCAGCUCGUCAAGGAGAUCCGGCUGCAUGCGCCCCAGGUCUCGGUGGACGCGGCCCUGGCCGCUGGGGCGAGCGCAAGCUCCGUCCGGGCGUUGGUGCCGGAGGGUAGUGGCAGCAGCGCGGAGCUGGAGGGGGUGUUGUUGGCGUUUGCGAAUAGUCUGGAUAAGGUGUUUUACCUGCUGAUGGCGUGCUGUUUGACGGGGUUUGUGGCGGCGUUUGGGAUGGGGUGGGUGGAUGUGAGGAAGAAGAAGACGAUUGGUGAGGGGGAGGAGGAAGGAAAGUAG